UUUCUCCAUGUUCCUGAGGCGUUUGUAGCCUGUGUUUUGUCGAAUUGAAAUUGCGAGUGAAUGCUGAGCGAUGGAGUCGCCAAGCCAGGAUGCCACCGAAAGACCCGAGGGUGAGGAUGAGGACCAAAAUGCUGUUCCCGCUCAGGAAAAGGAAGACGAGAGUAACACUAAUGACGACAACAACAACAACAACAACGAAGAAAACAAUGCCGCCAAUGAUGACAAAGAUGCUGUUACCACCCAGGAAAGGGAAGAUGAGAGUAACACCAAUGACGACACCACUGACAACAAUGACGAAGACAGUAAAGACGACAACACGGACAACAUCAACGAGGAAGAAAACAACAACAAUGACGAAGAGAAAACUGACAAAGAGGAGGACGCCAGUGACAGUGAAGUCAUUGAACAAAUAGACCCCUUCGAGAUCCUACGGAUGGUUUGUGAGAAGUUCAUCCGUCGUGUGGAUAUUUGGGGUGUCACCAAAGAGUCGUGGCUGGAGGAAAAUGUUAAGGCUCUGGAGCGGUUCAUUCAGGACACCUCUAUUCCCACCUUGGUGGUCUACUUGGACGCGAGCACGACGCUACAGGUGGAAUACACCGUUCCCACACAGGCGGUGGAGGAGCUGGUCUACUUUCUCCGUGAGCCAGGCACUGCGAUUACCCCGGAGAACUUCUACGAAGAGGUGGAAUACAGCACGGUGCAGGGCGACCCCACUGAGAGCUUGCUUCAGUUCAUAAACAGCUUGCAUUCAGACGAAAAUGACAUCAGCAGUGACUGGGAAACGGGCAUCAAGGACAACUACAUCAACGGCAUGCAUAACUAUCUGGCCAUCCUCACUGACAACGUUAGUAAGAAAGAAGGUAGAACAGUGUUGUACAUCCCCAUGGAAGGCCUGAAUGACAGCGCUGAGGAAGGCAGCAAGGACACCCAUCUAGUCCAGAGGAUGGAAUCCGUCUUAAUCCACUGGACGGACCAGAUCAAGGAGCUGCUGAACGUCCAAGACUUCUCCGGGAGCGACAACAGCGGUCCGCUCCAGGAGAUAGCGUACUGGGAGAGUCACUCCAAAAAGCUGAGGGACAUGAGUAAGCAGCUGCAGAAGCCAGGGGUCAAGCACAUUCAGCAAAUGCUAGAGCUGGCCAACUCGCUCUAUGUCAAGCGCUUCUUGAAACUGGCCAAGGAAUUACAGGAUUCGUCUGUGGAGGCGCAGUCCAACCUGAACUUCCUGUCCUUAUUGGCAGGCCCCUGUCAAGAAUUGCGUAACGUCCAAAUAAGCGAACUCACUCCCAAGCUGCACCACAUAUUAUAUGUCAUUCGCAUCAUCUGGACCAACUCCACUCACUACAACACCAACGAGCGGAUCACGGGCCUCUUCCUUAAGAUGAGUUAUGAAAUAAUCUACCUGUGCAUCAAGAGCAUCUCCCUGGACAGGAUCUUUGAGGGCUAUGUGACCUCCAGCAAGAAAUCCCUCAAGGAGUGCAUCCAGUGCUGCCUGACCUGGAAGAACAUGUACUCGCGCGUCUCUGAGGUGCACCACGAGAAUUCCAAAAAAGGCUGGUUGUUGGACCAAACAAAUAUUUUUGUCCCGAUCGAUGCCUGCAUUCAAAGAAUGAAAGACUUGCUUGAGGUUUGCGACACCCAGCAGCAGUUUGCCCGUUGGGAAGACGGCAACCAGAGACCGUUGCCGUGCUUCAGUGGCUACCAGGGCCCGGAACGCACCCUCUCCCUCAUGAAGAUCGAGGCCAAGUUCCAGCACGGCCUUCAGAUCCUGCGCUCUGUGGACCAAGGCAUCCUUGAGGUGGAGAACACUGCGUGGCACGUUGAGUUCAACAGGUUCCGUGCAUUUUUAAAGGAUCUAGACGUAAUGCUGCAGAACCUCAUCACCUCUGUCUUCAAGACCGUGAACUCUGUGGAGGAAGGCCUCCGGGUGAUGGACAUUUUUAAGACCGUUUCUGCCCGAAAGUCUAUCAAGAGCAAAAUCGACGACAUGGUGGAUGCAAUAUAUGGCAUCUUCAAGAGGGAGAACAGUAUGAUCAUGAAACAGAUUGAUAAGAAGAUGGUGUUAAUCCCCGUCUAUAUGCCACCUUUGGCGGGCCAAGCCCACCGAGCGAGGGCCGUCAAAUUCCACUUAGAAAGCCUCAUGGAUGUGCUCAAGAAGAUCCCCAUCCGGGCCGAGUCACACAGCUGCCGGCAGGUGUUGGUUAGCUACGAGCAAUCCAUUCGGACUCUGAAUGACUUGGUGACGCAGAGGUUCGCUGAGUGGUACCAGAGCCUGGAACUGCAAUACGUCAAGAAGCUGGAGCGGCCCCUUUUGUUGCACGGCAAGGACAAAGAGAUUGAGGUCAACUUUGACAACAACCUGUUGAACCUCUUUGAUGAGAUCAAGUCCUGGAGUCGGCAAAAUUUUGAAAUACCCGAGUUUGUGUCGGAGAUUUACCAGGAUCGUGAAGAUCUCCGAUGCCUCAGGGAAAGAGCGCUGCACUUGGCCCGGGACUAUAACAGGAUCAUCGGAAUGCUUUCUCCCAUUGAGCGGGGUCUGUUUUCCAAGAAAAUCCACGUCCUCGACGUAAAGAUUCAGCCAGGAUUCACCAAGCUCUUCUGGAUGUUUAAAAUAUCUUCAAACACCUUUCUCAAGGACUGCCUUGUGCAUGUUUCCAAGGUCCAGGUGAUAGUUGACGGUUACAAAGCAUCCAAUCUGACCAUCACUAACCUCUGUCGCCAGAUCAGCGAAACACUGCUAGUUCGGCUGGACGGCAAGACUCUGUACAGGAAUUGGGAGUUUGAGAACGACCAGAGUAUUCACCGGCAGCGACAGCACGAAUUACUGCGCUCUGCUCUUCAGCGCACUGUUGGCAUCAUGACCGACAUCCACAACACCUUCUCUAAAGAUGGACCUGAGGUCCAGGAGCACUGGGUCACCUACACCGAGAAAGUGGACCAUGUGCUGGAGGAGGCCCUACGCAGCAACGUCAAGCGCUCCAUGCAGAAGUUGGCACACGCCAUCAACGGAGACCGCAAGUCCUCCCCCACCCCUUUGUUUAGAGUGCUGGUGUCACUACGCCAGGCAGACCCCAAAGCCGAACUCAGGGUUGAGUUCUCCCCGACUCUCCGAGAGCUGGGUCAGAUCUUGGACAUCCUACCUCAGCUGAUCAGCACCAUCUCCAAAUUCAAGCGACUGCCCGAGCUCCUCUCUGGCGAACAGUCCCACGAAAAUCCCAUACACGUCAACAUCGAACGUGAUGAGGAAAUAAAACGGAUACAGGCCGCAGUCGGUGCAGGGAUGGCAGCCACUGCCGGCCGGCUGAAGGAAUAUUUAACAACCUGGGACAAAUACAGGGACAUCUGGGAGACCAACAAGGACUCCUACAUACAGCGUUACCAAAAACUCAAUCAACCGGUCGCUUCUUUUGAUGCAGAUAUUCACAGGUACACAGAAAUAGAAACAAGUAUCCAGCAGGAAGAGAUGGUCACAAACUUCCAGUUCAUCGUGCUGGACUGCUCGCCGCUCAAGACCUCGCUGGUGCAUCACUGCACCCAGUGGCAAACCAAGUUCAUGCAGCUCCUCGUGCGCAUCGCCGGCAGCUCCCUCAAAGACAUGCACGCCUCCAUGAAUCGUAAUGCCAAGAGGCUGGGUGAGCCCAACACGACCCUGGCUCAGCUUAGUGAAAGCCUGGGGCUCCUGGAGUCCUUCCAGGGCAAUUUGGCCAAGACAGAGGCUGAUGUUCUUCUGAUCCAUGAACAGUUUGCUGUUCUGGACAAAUAUGGUUUCCCUCUGGAUCAGACCCUUCAGGACUUGCACGGGACACUGGACACCAAGUGGGACUGGUUCCAGCAGGUUCUUAUCGACAACGAUGUCUUGCUCCAAGGGCAAAAGCAGAAUUUCAAGAGCGACUUGCUCAGCUCCUCUGAGGAACUAACAGAGACAAUCCAUACCGCUGUGCAAGAGUUCAACACCACAGGUCCAUUUGAUCCUACCAUCGGCACCAAAAGGGCCCUGACGAUGACGGCAGAGCACCGCAAUCAUCUUGAGGCUCUAAAAGAGGAGGAGAACUUAAUUCUACAAGGCUUGAACUUCUUCAAGAUAGAGCAGGAACCUUCCAAAACCAUCCAAGCCCUGGAGAAGGAUAUGGACUUCUUGCAGCAGGUCUGGGAGGUCACACUGGAGUGGGACACCGACUGGGACAGCUGGAAGGGGGGCCAGUUUACGACGCUUCGGACCGAGAAUAUGGAGAGCAAAGCACAGGAAAUCUAUAAAAUCCUCCACAAACUCCAGAGACAACUCAAGGAUAAGAACUGGGACAUUGUGGAUGUCUCCAAGAAAAGAGUUGACCAGUUCAGGAGAAUCAUCCCCCUUAUUGCUGACAUGAGGAACCCAGCCAUGCGAGACAGACACUGGAAGCAGAUCUGUGAUGAGGUGCAGAGCUCCUUUGACCACACAAGUGAUGAUUUCAACCUAGAGAAGAUAAUUUCUCUCGGUUUCGACAAGUAUGCAGACAAGAUCUGUGAGAUCUCUGGGGCCGCCAGCAAGGAACUUUCCAUAGAACAGGGUCUGGAAGAGAUUAUCAAGACGUGGGAUGAAUUGACCCUCGACAUUGUACCUUACAAAGACAAAGGCCACUUUCGUCUAAAGGGCACAGAGGAUAUUUUACAGGCCUUGGAGGAUAACCAGGUGACCUUGUCCACCAUGAAGGCCUCUCGAUUUGUCAAAGCUUUUGACAAGGAGGUGGACACCUGGGAACGUCAGCUAUCCCAAGUUAUGGAAAUCAUUGAAAUGGUGCUCACGGUGCAGCGCCAGUGGAUCUAUCUUGAGAAUAUUUUCCAAGGAAAGGACAUCAGGGAGCAGCUACCACGAGAGUGUGAAGAAUUUGAAGAAGUUAGCUCCAGUUGGAAGACCAUCAUGACUCGACUCCAUGCCAGCAACAGCGCCCUGCAGGGAACACACCAUCCUGGCUUGCAAGAGACAUUAUCCAACAUGAAUGCCAAGCUGGAGGAGAUCCAGAAGGCCCUAGACAUGUACCUCGAGACCAAGAGGCAGAUAUUCCCACGAUUCUACUUCCUUUCUAACGACGACGUUCUGGAGAUUCUGGGCCAGUCCCAGAACCCAGAGGCUAUGCAGCCUCAUCUCAAGAAGUGUUUUGACAACAUCAAGAGCCUGCGCACUGAAAAGGUGGCCAGAAGGUUGGACGCCACUGCCAUGUUCUCCUCUGACGGAGAGCUUGUGGAAUUUAUUAAGGCGGUGCCACUGGACAAGCCUGUGGAGAUUUGGCUGUGCGAUAUUGAGAAGGCAAUGCGCUGCACUCUAAAGAAUUCCCUGCACGACUGCAUGGUUGCGCUCAAGAAGAUGAAAAGCCAGAGGGACAAGUGGUCCAAAGACUGGCCAGGACAGAUGCUCAUCACAGCCAGCCAGAUCCAGUGGACGACUGAUGUUACCCAGUCGCUCAUUAGCUGCAAGGAGACAGAUGACAAGGGCCCCCUUAAAACCAUGAUGAAGAAACAGGUGUCCCUGCUUAGGCGAUAUUCCGAUAUGAUCCGUAGCAACCUAUCCAAGGUGCUGCGUCUGAAGAUUGUGGCCCUGGUCACAGUGGAGGUUCACGCAAGGGACGUCAUCGCCAAACUGGCCAAGGCGGGCUGCAACGAUGUGAACGCGUUUGAGUGGCUGUCCCAGCUGAGACUCUACUGGGAGAAGGAUUUGAACAACUGCAUCAUCCGACAAACCAACACACAUUUCAAGUAUGGAUACGAGUACUUGGGGAACUCUGGGCGCCUUGUCAUCACUCCACUUACCGACAGGUGUUACAUGACCUUGACGACUGCACUCCAUCUGCAUCGAGGCGGCUCUCCCAAAGGCCCCGCUGGCACUGGGAAGACGGAGACCACAAAAGACUUGGGCAAAAGUUUAGGGAUGUACGUGAUCGUCAUCAACUGCUCCGAGGGACUGGACUACAAGUCCAUGGGUCGCAUGUUCUCUGGCCUGGCACAGACGGGAGCGUGGGGCUGCUUCGACGAGUUCAACCGCAUCAACAUCGAGGUGCUGUCCGUGGUGGCCCAGCAGAUUCUUUCCAUCCUGUCUGCCCUGUCUGCGCUGCAAACCAGGUUCCAGUUUGAGGAACACAACAUCUCCCUGGUGGCGUCGUGCGGCAUCUUUAUCACGAUGAAUCCUGGUUACGCCGGUCGUUCCGAGCUGCCAGAUAAUCUCAAGUCCAUGUUCCGACCUAUUUCAAUGGUGGUGCCAGACUCUACUCUAAUUGCUGAGAUCAUACUGUUUGGAGAGGGCUUUAAUGACUGCAAGCUACUGGCUAAGAAGGUGUUCACCCUCUACUCGCUGGCAAUGCAGCAGCUGUCCAAACAGGAUCACUACGACUUUGGCCUCCGUGCCCUCACCUCCUUGCUCCGCUAUGCCGGCAAGAAGCGGCGUGUUUGCCCCAACGUCCCUGGUGAAGAAGUGCUGCUCAUGGCCAUGAAAGAUAUGAAUAUUGCUAAACUGACAUCAACUGACGUGCCGCUGUUCACUGGUAUCAUCCAGGACUUGUUCCCUGAUGUGGAAACGCCCGUUAUUGACUAUGGAAAGCUCAAGGAAGCUAUCCAGUUGGAACUUUGUCAGAAAGGCCUGCAGGUCACUCCUUUCACAAUGACCAAAGUCAUCCAACUCUUCGAGACCAAAAACUCUCGACAUUCGUCCAUGUUGGUGGGCAAGACGGGCUGCGGUAAGACUGUCACAUGGAAGACGCUGAAAAAUGCCCUCAUUGCCAUGCACAACAAGGAAAUGGCGGGCUACGAGCUUGUGCAGGAUUAUCCUCUGAACCCGAAAUCCAUGAGUCUUGGAGAACUCUAUGGUGAAAAUGACCUCGCCACCAAUGAGUGGUCUGAUGGAGUCCUCUCCUCUGUCAUGAGAACAGCCUGUGCAGAUGACAAACCAGAUGAGAAAUGGAUUGUAUUUGACGGGCCGGUGGACACGCUGUGGAUCGAGAGUAUGAACUCUGUAAUGGACGACAACAAGGUGCUCACGCUCAUCAACGGUGAGAGAAUUUCCAUGCCCGAACAGGUGUCUCUGCUCUUUGAAGUGGAGAACCUGGCGCAGGCGUCUCCUGCGACAGUUUCCCGCUGCGGUAUGGUCUACAACGAUUACAUCGACCUGGGAUGGAAGCCCUUUGUCAAGUCCUGGCUCGAGAAACGUCAGAAGGCUGAGGUGGCACAUUUGAAGCCUUUGUUUGACAGUUUCAUUGAGAAAACGCUGAACUUCAAGAAGAAAAACUGUAAGGAGUUGAUCCCUGUUACCGAACUCAAUGGCAUUGUCUCGCUCUGCCGCCUCUAUGACGCCCUGACCACAAAAAAGGUGAACAUGUCUGAUGCGGACAGCCUGGGUCGCAUCGUGGAGCUCUGGUUUACCUUCAGCCUCAUCUGGUCCAUUUGUGCCUCUGUCAAUGAGGAUGGGCGCAAGAAGAUGGAUAACUUCCUGAGGGAGUUGGAUGGCACCUUUCCCAUCAAGGACACAGUGUAUGAGUACUAUGUUGACAUGAAGAACAAAGCCUGGGCUCCAUUUGAAAAUAAACUGCCCAAGGGCUGGCGCUUCAACCCCAACUCGCCAUUCUACAAGAUUAUGGUUCCGACAGUGGACACGGUCCGCUACAACUUCUUGGUAACAGCAAUGGUGAAUGCUCAGUACCCGGUGCUGCUCACUGGGCCGGUGGGCACUGGGAAGACCUCGGUUGUUCACGGGGUCUUGCAUAGCCUGGACAGCGGCAAGUGGUCCACGCUCACGAUCAAUAUGUCUUCACAGACCACCUCAAAUAACAUCCAGGCCAUUGUGGAGAGCCGCUUAGAGAAGAGGACCAAAGGUGUGUAUGUGCCCGUUGGAGGCAAGGACCUGCUCUGUUACCUGGACGACCUCAACAUGCCAGCGCACGAUCUCUUUGGCUCACAACCGCCGCUGGAGCUCAUGCGCCUCUGGAUCGACUACGGCUUCUGGUUUGACCGUCAGAAGCAAACAACGACAUAUGUCAAGAAAAUGUCCCUGCUGGCCUCCAUGGGACCCCCAGGAGGAGGACGGACUCACAUUUCCGAGCGUCUCCAAAGUCGUUUCAACCUCAUCAACAUGACAUUCCCCAAUGACUCCCAAAUCAAACGUAUCUUCAGCACCAUGAUUAACCAGAAGCUUCAAGUUUUUAAAGAGGAGCUCAAACCCGUCGGAGAGCUUCUGACCCAGGCUACUUUGGAGCUGUAUUAUGCGGUUACGGCUCGUUUUCUUCCCACUCCGGCUAAGACGCACUACCUCUUCAACCUCAGGGAUAUCUCCAAGGUGUUCCAGGGUCUGCUGAGAUCACAUCCAGAGUUCCAUGAUAGUAAAAACAACAUGGUUAGACUGUGGAUCCACGAGUGCUUCAGGGUUUUCUCUGACCGACUUAUCGACCACAGUGACAUGGAUGCCUUUGUCACAUUGUUAGGGGGGAAAAUGGGCUCCAUCUUCGACCUCGUUUUCCACAACAUCUGCCCCGAUAAACAACCCCCAGUGUUUGGUGAUUUCCUGACCGAGUCUGGGGUGUAUGAAGACCUUUUGGACAUGGCAAAUCUCAAGAAGUUCAUGUUGGCCCACCUGGAGGAAUACAACCUGACACCUGGUGUUGUGCCCAUGAACCUGGUGCUCUUCCGGGACGCCAUUGAACACAUAACCCGUGUGGUCCGUGUGAUCAGCCAGCCGAGGGGCAACAUGCUGCUGGUCGGCGUGGGGGGCUCGGGCCGACAGAGCUUGUCCAGGAUGGCGGCCUCCAUCUCUGAGUACCAGGUGUUUGAGGUGGAAAUCACCAAACAGUACCGCAAGAUGGAAUUCAGAGAAGACAUUAAGAAGCUGUACCGUUUGACCGGCGUGGACAACAAGCCCACUGUCUUCCUGUUCAACGAUACCCAGAUUGUGGACGAAUCCUUCCUGGAGGACAUCAACAAUGUCCUGAGCUCUGGAGAAGUCCCCAACCUCUAUAAGCAGGACGAGUUUGUAGAGGUGUGCAACGCCCUGUCCGACUCCGCCAGGAAGGAGAAUGUGGUGGAAACGCCCAACUCCUUAUUCAGCUUUCUGAUAGAGCGCGUCAGAAGCAAACUGCACAUUGUUCUCUGCAUGAGCCCAGUGGGAGACCCCUUCAGAAACCGUAUCCUUCAGUAUCCGGCUCUCGUUAACUGCACUACCAUAGAUUGGUUCUGUGAGUGGCCCAAAGAUGCUCUGCUGGAGGUGGCUGAGCGCUACUUGGAGGGACUGGAUUUGGGGUCCUCUGAGGGGAGCCAGACCAAGGUGGCCUCCAUCUUUGUGACUACACACCAGUCAGUGGUGCAGGGCUCACACAGGAUGAAGGUGGAGCUGAAAAGACAUAAUUAUGUGACACCCACCAACUACCUGGAGCUGGUGACUGGAUAUAAGAAACUUCUGGGAGAGAAACGCUGUGAACUGGGGGAGCAGGUGAACAAGCUGCAAAACGGCCUUUUUAAGAUCAGCGACACGGGCGAGAAGGUGGCCGCCAUGACCGUGCAGCUGGAGGAGUCUAAUAAGCAGGUGGCCGACUACCAGAAGGAGUGUGACGAGUACCUGACUGUCAUCGUACAGCAGACAAGGGAGGCUGACUCGCAGCAGAAGACAGUGAGUGCCAAAAAGGAAAAAAUUGCGGCAGAGGAGUCUCAAUGCAAAGCCCUGGCGGAGACCGCGUUGAGAGAGCUAGAUGAAGCCCUGCCAGCCCUGGACGAGGCCACCAAGGCUCUGGAGUCUCUGAACAAAAAGGACAUGACGGAGAUUAAGUCCUACGGCCGUCCUCCCGCUCUGGUGGAGAAGGUGAUGCAGGCGGUCAUGACCCUCCUCAACAAGGAGCCAACCUGGGCAGAAGCCAAGCGACAGCUGGGUGAGGCCAGCUUCAUCAAAACCCUGAUCAACUUCGACAAGGAAAACAUAUCAGACCGUGUGUUGAAGAGGAUCGGCAACUACUGCCGGCAGCCCGACUUCAUGCCAGACACCAUUGGCAAAGUGUCUCUGGCUGCAAAGUCGCUCUGUAUGUGGGUCAGAGCCAUGGAGGUCUACGGGUGCGUCUUCAGGGUGGUGGAGCCAAAGCGGGAGCUGCUGAAUGCCGCCGAGGCCCAACUCUCACAGAAGCAAGGCGAGCUGGCCGAGUCCGAGAACAAACUGAAAGAGGUGGGGGACAAACUGGCGCGGCUGAACAAAUCUUAUGCGGAAAAAGUGGCCACCAAGGAGGAUUUGAAGAGGAGGUCGGACGAGAUGGAAGUAAAACUGGACCGAGCCGACAAACUGGUGAAAGGUCUGGCCGGGGAGGGUGUCCGCUGGGAGCAGACGGUUAAGGGUCUCGAAGAGAACAUGGGCUACUUGGUCGGGGACUGUUUGCUUGCGGCAUCAUUUCUGUCCUAUAUGGGCCCCUUCCUUUCUAACUAUAGAGUGGAACUGCUUGACAUCUGGAUGACCGAGGUCCAGCACCAAGAUAUCCCGUGCACACCAGGCUUUAGUUUUGCCACUUUCCUCUCAAACCCUACAGCGGUGAGGGACUGGAAUAUUCAAGGCCUGCCCUCUGAUGCUUUCUCCACUGAGAACGGCGUCAUCGUCACCCGGGGCAACCGGUGGCCGCUGAUGGUGGACCCACAAGGCCAAGCUCUGAAGUGGAUCAAGAAAAUGGAGUUGGCGAAAGGCUUAAAAGUAAUCGACUUUCAGAUGCCAGAUUACAUGCUUAUAAUGGAGAAUGCCAUCCAGUUUGGGAAUCCUGUCUUGCUGCAGAACGUUCAGGAGGACCUGGACCCGGCUCUCAACCCAGUUCUCAACAAGUCCUUGACGCGAAUAGGUGGCAGGCUAUUGUUGAAGUUGGGUGACAAGGAGUUGGAGUAUAGUCCGGAAUUCCGUUUCUACAUCACCACCAAACUGUCGAAUCCCCACUAUACCCCAGAGAUUUCCACUAAGACGACCAUUGUCAAUUUUGCCGUCAAGGAGCAGGGUCUGGAAGCCCAACUCCUAGGUAUUGUGGUGCGUAAGGAACGUCCAGACCUGGAAGAGCAAAAAGACAACCUGGUGAUGAGCAUCGCCUCAGGAAAGAGAAGCCUGCAGGAGCUGGAGGACGAGAUCCUCAGGCUGCUGAACGAGGCAAGCGGCUCCCUGCUGGACGACGUGCAGUUGGUGAACACCUUGCAGACGUCCAAAGUGACGGCCACUGAGGUUUCGGAGCAGCUGGAGAGCAGCGAAGUGACCGAAAUCAAGAUCGACACUGCUCGAGAGGCCUACCGUGCAUGCGCUCAGCGGGCGUCCAUCCUCUUCUUCAUCCUCAAUGACAUGGGCCGCAUUGAUCCCAUGUACCAGUUCUCACUGGACGCCUACAUCAACCUAUUCAAUCUAAGCAUUGAGAAGAGCAAGAGCAGCCUAAAGCUGGAGGAGAGGAUUGUCAACCUCAACGACUACCACACAUAUGCAGUCUACAAAUACGCGUGCCGGGGUCUGUUUGAGAUGCACAAGCUGCUCUUCAGCUUCCAAAUGUGUGCCAAAAUCCUCGAGGUCGCCGGCACACUCAACAUGGACGAGUACAGCUUCUUCCUCCGUGGCGGAAUUGUUCUUGAUAAGAGGGCUCAGAUGGAAAACCCGUGCAGUAAUUGGCUCGUGGACUCCAGCUGGGACAAUAUCACAGAAUUGGACAAGCUGCCAAACUUCCACGGCAUCAUGGCCUCAUUUGAAAAAUAUCCACGGGACUGGAAGCUUUGGUUCACCAGUGCACAGCCUGAGAAGUCGCCGCUGCCAGGAGACUGGGAGAACAGUUGUAACGAGCUCCAGAGGAUGCUCAUCGUCCGUUCUCUUCGGCCAGACCGCGUCUUGUUCUGCGCCACUACCUUCAUUGUCAACUAUCUGGGCCCUCGCUUCGUGGAGCCUCCUGUUCUCGACAUGAAGGCUGUCGUGGACGAAUCCACAUGCAUGUCUCCUCUGGUUUUUGUCUUAUCUCCUGGCGUGGAUCCCACAGGCACCCUUCUGCAGCUGGCCGAGACAACGGGCAUGAGCAAACACUUCCACGCUCUUUCCCUGGGUCAGGGCCAGGCCCCAAUCGCUAAGAAAAUGAUCGAAGAGGGAGUCAAAAAGGGUCACUGGGUCUUUCUCGCGAACUGCCACCUGUCUCUCUCCUGGAUGCCCGAGCUGGACAAGCUGGUGGAGCAGCUGGAGGUGCAGAAGCCCCACACGGACUUCCGACUCUGGCUCAGCUCUUCGCCACAUCCAGAUUUUCCUAUCAACAUCCUCCAGGCGGGCAUCAAAAUGACCACGGAGCCGCCGAAGGGAGUCAGAGCCAACAUGAAGCGUCUGUACCACCUGGUGACCGACGCUCAGUUCACCCGCUGUGCCAAACCCGUCUUCUACAGGAAGCUGCUCUUCUCCCUCUGCUUUUUUCACAGCAUUCUGCUGGAAAGAAAGAAGUUCCUGCAGCUAGGCUGGAACAUUAUCUACGGCUUCAACAAUUCAGACUUUGAGGUGAGCGAGAAUCUGCUCAGUCUGUACCUGAACGAGUAUGAGCAGAUACCCUGGGACGCCCUCAAGUAUCUCAUCGCCGAGGUCAAUUACGGAGGUCACGUGACGGACGACUGGGACAGGCGCCUUCUCACCACCUACAUCAACGACUACUUCUGCGAAGCUGCUGUCACUGAGCCUUAUUUCAAGUUGUCAACCUUGGCCGCAUAUUACAUCCCUCACGACGGACCCCUGUCGUCCUACAAGGACUUCAUCAACAUGCUGCCGACCCACGAGCACCCCGACUUGUUUGGCCAGCACCCGAAUGCCGACAUCGCCAGCCAGAUCGCGGAGACCAGGUCCCUGUUCGACACCCUUCUGUCGUUACAGCCCCAGGUGACCAGCGCCAGCGCAGUGGGGGCCGGCCCCAGUCGUGAGGACAAGGUGUUAGAUCUGCUGGCGGAUGUGCGCCAGACCAUCCCGAACUUGAUCGACUACGAGAGCGUUAGCUCGCACUUCCUGGAUCCGUCACCCCUGGAUGUGGUUCUGCUGCAAGAGAUCCAGAGAUACAACGCCCUGCUGAGCAUGAUCAAGUCGUCCUUAGUGGAGCUGGAGAAGGGAAUCAAAGGCUUGGUGGUGAUGUCAUCCAGCUUGGAGGAGACCUUCAACUGCAUGUACGACGCCAGGGUGCCGCCGCUGUGGGAGAAGGCGUACCCCUCCCUCAAGCCCCUGGCAGCGUGGACCCGCGACCUCUGCCAGCGCGUUCUUCAGUUUGCACGCUGGGCUGAGCAGGGGCAGCCCCCGAACUUGUUCUGGCUUUCGGGCUUCACCUUCCCCAACGGCUUCCUCACCGCCGUGCUGCAGUCGGCCGCCCGGCAACACAAGAUAUCAGUUGACACGCUGUCGUGGGACUUCACAGUGUCCAGUCAAGAAGACGGCCACAUCCAGAACCCGCCCAAGGACGGAGUUUACGUGCGAGGUUUGUACCUGGAGGGGGCGGCGUGGGACAAAAAGGGCGUGUGCCUGGUGGAGGCCGAGCCCAUGCAGAUGGUGUGUCCCAUUCCCGCCAUCAACUUCAAGCCCGUGGAGAACCGCAAGAAGAUGGCCAAGAACAUGUACCUGUGCCCUUGCUACUACUUCCCCGUGCGAUCGGGCGGUGCGGGCAGAGCCUCGUUUGUGAUCGCCGUGGAGGUGAAAUCCGGCUCGGUCAAUCCGGAUCACUGGAUCAAGAGAGGGGCCGCGCUUCUCAUGAGCCUGGACAGCUGACGUCGUCGCAUACUCUGGACGCUUCUUUUAUUUCUUCUUUGUUUUGUUUUGGUUUUUGUUUAUUUUUGUUUCAAGUUCUUUUCCCGUCUCAAAGAAAAACAUGCAGCGAGCGGCGAGUCAAGGUGAGGGAGCUCUAUUUUCACGCACGUUCCUGCUGAGCCCAAGGUGCGAGGGGAGGAAAAGACCGAAGCUAUUCGAACAAAUGAAUUUGAAUGAAGCCUCUGAGGCAAUCUUUCAGAGGAAAAACAAGGGGACAAAGUGAGUCGAGAGAAGAACGGCGCCACAGUGGCGGGGUUCACGUUUGGGGGUUCGUAUUCAGACUCGAGGAUUGGGCCCUGAAAGCGCAAACGGACUUGCUUCGGCUCUCAUGUUCAAAUUCGAAUCGGCAUCCGUUUUGUGUCCCGCUUGAGCCGAUCCCGGCUGACUUUGGGUGAAGGAGCGACGUGCGCCCCGGUCUGGUGGUCUCGGACGCACGCCCAAACCCCCAAAUCGAAAAAACGCCUUGGCAGUCCGAGAACCGGCAAAUACGGCAACGUAGCGUGCCCGAGUGUUCAUUUGACUCCACUCUUACACUGUGCACGGUUUGAAUAGGACCACUCACUUAAAUAUUGGAAAAGGAAAAAAAAAAAAAAAAAAAAAAAGUACAUUAUUGAUUGUAUGAUUGAUUGAUUGCACAAUGCUAUUGUGCUCAAAUGAACAAGUUGCUCGAUGAAUGAAUUACGAGACGUCUGUCUCCCA